AUGAGCAGCAGCGCCGAUAGCGAGACGCAACCAUUCGAACAAAAGAGAUUCCAAGAUGUCGCACUGAGAAAAAUCUUCCUGCAGAGAGCUCUCCCCCCCCCCUCCAACCCCCCUUUCCCGGCAGCGGGGGAUGCUCGGGGGCUGCGGGCACACGGGUGGCUCCCCCUGGCGCGGCCACAUCACUGCGCGGGGUGGAACCGCAGCGCGGAAAACACCGCCGAAAGGACCCGAGCGCGGACGACGGGGCCGCCUCGGUCCAGGAAGGGGGGCCUUCCCCAUUUUGCUGCGCCACACCUGCCCGAGCUCCGCCGAGUGGCGUUGGGUAAUCGAGGAAAGAAGAAACGGAGACACACACAGACACACACACACACACACACACACACACACACACACGCACGCACACAAAAAAGGCAGCAGUGCCCCAAGGCGUGCCGGAUCCGGCGGGCGGGGCCGUGCCAUCGCCCCACUGCCACGAGAGCGGCGUGGAACAAUGCGGCAGAAGGGGGAGAAGCGGGCGGUGCUGCUGUGCCUGCGGGGCGCUGCGGCCGUGGGCUCGGGGCGUGGGUGCUCCUCCGGGAGAGCGACACGCGGGGUCAGCGGUCUGUAAAUGCACACAGCCCGAAUGCGGAACGCAUCCAACACUCCCUUUGGCCGCUUUGCUGCAUGAGCACACCCUAUAAAUGGGGUCGAUGUCGUAGAAUCGGAGAAUCGUUUGAGUUGGAAAGGAUCCCUAAAGGUCAUCCAAUCCGAUCCCUCUGCGAUGAACAGGGACAUCUACAGCUCUAUCGGGUCGCUCCAAGCCCCGUCCAGCCUGACCCGGGAUUUAGACAAAUGCAGGUCCCCAGAUCAUAGAAUCAUAGAAUCACCAACUUUGGAAGAGACCUCCGAGAUGGUCCAGUCUAACCGUCCAGCCAAUAUUUUCCCACUAAACUAUGGGGAUUUCAAGCUGCCUUUGGACAUUCUUUUGUCCUAACCGGAGACGUGUGGGGUAUCCCCGACUUCUCCUCCCGUGUGCAAGGAAUGAAGGAGGAGAUCUCUGUCAAGAAGUGGGGAGAAAACACGGAACGGCUGAAAAGAUGGGGAGCUCU